CGGACGGAGGCGCAUCGUUCUUUCUCGGUGUGGCGCGAGGAGGAGGAUUAAAGGAAGGGGGGCGAGUGUGCCUGAAAAGGGGGCGGGGCCUUGUUUGACCGUUAACGACAAUAAUCCCUGGUCUCCUCAAGUCAAAUAAAAUGUCUUCCCACCCGCCGCCGCCGCCGCCGCCGCCUUCGCGCGUGAGGCCGACUGGCUCCCCAACCGCCAUCGCAGCAGGAGGAGGAGGAGGGGCGGCACUAGCAGUAGCAGCGGCGGCGGCUACCUCAACGGCGGCGACGGCAGCCACGAGCAGCAGUAGCAGUAGCAGCAGCCGCCUCCAGCCCAUGAGGGCGACGGUGCCUUUCCAGCUGAAGCAACACGGAAGCCCUACUAGAAGCGGAGGAGGCAUUAUUCCUCGGCAACCUCCGCCGCCGCCGCCCUCGCCUCGCUCCGCCAGCCCCACGCGCAACGGCGCCCGAGGAGCACCGCCACCGCCACCGCCCCCGACGAACGGAAGCAGCAGCCCUGCUGUAGCCACCCAGACUCUCAUCGCCAUCGCCGCCGCAGAGAGCAACAACGCCGGGCCCCUUCCGGCCUCUCCGCCCCCCCGCAGCAGCCCCCCUCGGCUGCCCUCCUCUCCUUCGGCCCCGUCGCCAGCCUCCCCCCCUCCUCCGGACCCCGAGGGCAGCGCCUGCGCCAACAGCAGCAGCAGCAGCAGCCCCAACGCCGCCGCCGCCGCCAACGGAGGGGGACGGGUCCGGCACCGGCAGCGGAGGCGCUCCCCGGAGCAAAGCAGGGCCUCCCCGGAGAGGAAGAGCCCCGGCUCCCCCGGGAGCAAAGUAGAUAAGCCACGACCACCAUCAUCAAGCCCUUCUAGUAUUGCUCGCCGUACCCCUUCCCUAGACCUACUUGCUGCUCCAUACCUUGCUGGACAGUGGCCUCGUGAGAAUCAUGGACAAGCUGCACCUUGCAUGAGGGACAAAUCCACACAGACGGAGAGUGCUUGGGCAGAAGAAUACUUGGAAAAGAAGAAAGGAUCCCAUAAGCGUUCAGCGUCUUGGGGCAGCACAGAUCAGCUUAAAGAGAUUGCCAAGCUUCGCCAGCAACUGCAAAGAAGUAAACACAGUAGCAGGCAUCAUAGAGACAAAGAAAGACAGUCUCCAUUCCAUGGUAAUCAUGCAGCCAUUAACCAGUGCCAGGCUCCUGUCCCAAAGGGUGUGCUAGUUCCUGUGAUACCAAUUGCCAAAUCAACAGGAUCACGUUUCCGUAACAGCAUAGAGGGGCUGAAUCAAGAGAUUGAAAUAAUCAUAAAGGAGACAGGCGAAAAAGAGGAACAACUUAUUCCGCAAGAUGUUCCAGAUGGGCAUCGAGCUCCACCUCCUUUGGUGCAGCGUAGCAGCAGUACUCGCAGCAUUGAUACACAGACUCCGGGUGGAGCAGAGAAGGGCAGUAACAACAGCAGCAGAUCUCAGUCUGUGUCUCCUGGCUCAUUCCUUGCCAUCUCCAAUGAGGGCAGUGAGGAGAGCCCAUGCUCUGCUGAUGACUUGCUUGGGGACCCCAGAGAAAAAGAGAAUGGAAACAGUUCUCCCCUGCCCAAAUAUGCCACCUCACCAAAACCCAACAACAGCUACAUGUUCAAACGUGAACCUCCUGAGGGCUGUGAGAAGGUUAAAGUGUUUGAAGAUAGCUUGCCAAAGCCAUUGCAUGAAAUUCCAGCCUUUUAUUGUCCUGAUAAGAAUAAAGUCAACUUCAUUCCAAAAAGUGGCUCAGCUUUCUGUCUUGUCAGUAUCCUCAAGCCACUUCUCCCCACACAAGAUCUUACACUCAAAGGUGCUACUCAUAACCUGACCGUCACAUCUGGUAUGACGCCCGCAUUGCUGCAGCCUAUUUCUAUGGCCUCCCUGUCAGCCAACACAGACCAAGACCGACUUUCUCGUGGAACAAGCAAAAUAUUGCCUCCAAUGACUAUGCUCCAGCAGCCAGGCCAUGUUGAAGAAACUGAAGGAUAAAUUUAGCUUUGUUUACUUUCAAGAGAACUUUAUUGAAGCUAGCUACGAUUAAGCCUUCCGAAUUGCAUCUGUUUGCAUCAUUCCUGUUGGCAAUUUCCAUAAAAAGUUCAUACUAAUAACUUGAUCUCCGUGAUUAGACCAUGGUGAGAUCUAGGAAAGAAGAGUGGCUGAGCAACUGCUACACUUGUCUUGAGGUAGCUGAAAUUCAGUCCCUCACCUGCACUUUUUUUUUUAAGCUUUGGUACAAUAAAAAAGGGAGACUUUCUCCAUCAUUCCUAACCAGCAGAGGAACCAGUUUUUCUGAGGCUUUGUGUCCCAGUUUCAACUUCAGUUUUGGAAAAGGAAAAAUUCAAAAUGUACCAGCUGUUCUUAACAGAAGAUCGACAAGGGAAAAAAACAAGCAAAUGGUACUCCAAAAUCAAUAUUUUUUUCACCAAAAAUUAUUAAGAUAUCGUGAGGGGAAGGAUUAACACAUCCCGGAGAGCAGAGUGGUUGCACUUUCUUGCUGCAUCAUUUCCACUGUUGGGAACAGAGACCUGAAACUGUUAACUAUUGUGCUGUAUGAUCACUCUGAUUUCCUUCCCUCUCCAGAUAAGCUUAACAUCCUCAAGACUAUAAAGAAAAGCAAUAUUAGUACAUCUUUGGUGAGGGCAGGAUAGAUGAGCACAUGCAUAGAAUUCCUUGUCUGGAAAUAGCAUUUUAGAGCACUUCUGCCAAUAGAGUAAUAACUUGUUGCUAAUUGAGUGACUCAUGUUUCAGAAUGAUAUUCCUUUCCUCUUCUGCAAAAAUGCCAACUAACUGUCACAUCAGUGCCUCUUGGGACAUCUUGGUUUCUUGUGUUGCUGUCAAAAUCUUGAAUCGCCUUUGGCGUAUACCUGAUCCUAUCCUGUCUUGCCACUGUACUAUAUUAAUCUUGUCGUCAUAUGAUCUUGAAAUGGCCAUGCAUGGUUCUUCUGCUUGUCAAAGUACUGUUUUGUGGGUAUGUGGAGGGUAAUAGUUUGUCAGGCAUGGUAAUUGUUAAAACAGUUUAUUUCAGUGGACAUAGUCGUCUUUUUGACGAGCAAUAUCAUUAGGGUGUUAAGCUAUAAGGACCUUGGGAUUCUUGAUCAUUGGUCUGCAGAUGUGGCCCAUUUCAUUUCUUGUGUCACUUUUAAAAAGUAAACUGUAACUGUAACAAUCACCAAUAGGAAGGAGUUUAUAUUACCAAAUCUGCUUGUGAAAGGUACUGAAAUAAUUUGGUUAUGAAAGUGUGUUUAGUGAGGUCCUUUAAACGACAUAGUGUGACUUAGAGCAACUGCUUAAAGGCCAAAUUAUCAAGUUUCCAAAACAUUUCUAGAGUUCCAAAUUCUCAUGGGAGGUGGACUAAGCAACAUUUAAGGACUCUUGAUAGCACAUUGAUCAAAAUGAACUGGGGCCAACUUAGGGAGAUAAAGAAAAGUUACCAUUUGAAAGUUACAUUUCUCUGGUAUCUUUAGACUAACAAAAAUAUUGCAGCAUUAGGAUAAACCACUCCAGACUAACAGACAUUAAUGAGGAAUAACCACAGCAGCACAGUUAUGCUGUUCAUCUUGGUGCAUCUGUUCAUCACUGGCCAUCAGUAGUUAGGAGCAGGGCUUGGGUGGAAAAAGUAUCUGUUAGAACUUCCAACAUUGCCUUUUGGAUAACAGUUCCCAGAAUCCUACUGCCACUUUGGCCAUGUAGCCAUGCUAGCUGGAAGAUUUUGGAAAAUGUCAUCCAAUAAUGUAUUUUUCCAAGCUCUGAUUCAGAGUAUGUCUCAUGGUUUCGUAUUUGUUUAUACUUAGUAGCAUUUACUUAGUAAUGUGACAGUACCAUCUCCUGCAUUGUUUGGCCUUUGUUUCACUUGGUUUUUAAAAACCUCCUUAUACUCAGGGUAUCUGUACCUAUCUAGUUAGGUAACUACUUUGUCCAUGUGACAAAGAGGACUCUGACUCACAAAAGCUGAUGCUACAAUAUAUUAGUUAGUCUUUAAGGUGCUGUUGGACUUUGUUGUGUUUGCUGCAACAGACUAACAAAGCUAUGCAUCUGGAAUUCUAAAGUAUUACUUAAUUAUACCCCAAGCCCACUUUGUCUUGGCCUUAUUUUUUUGUUUCUGUUGUAUUAUUGUAAUUUCAAAUGUUGUAUUUGCCAAGCAAGAUGAUCUCACAUCCAUUCCAUGGACUUAAGUUGCUGGCAUAUCAAGUCCUAGGACAACUAAAUUUAAUGACCAGAGUUAUUCUUUCUUUAUGUCGCUUUUCCUUGUAUAUUGUUUUCUAUAUAUGAGGCAUACCUCUUUCAAACUGAAUUGACAGAACUAAGUCAGCAUUUAAGCAGUGUGAUAUAUUUGUUGUAUGUAUUGUCUGUGGACACACAUCAGCUUUGUUAUGAAACUCUUAAUGUUUGGUCUUUGUGAAACAUGUGGAGGCAGCCUCCUUUUGUGCAAGAGGGAUAUUUGCAAUUUCUUUAAAUACAGUUCAUGUUCUGGACUGUUAAUAGUUACCAGACUAAAUGGUGAUUCUUGUGAAAAUGUUUCCAUUGAAUAUCUGAGAGCCAGAUUUCAAUUUGGAAUCUGUAGAAAAUAUAGGUCUUUGAAAUUCUUCAAAGGUUUUCAUUGUUGUAAUGAGCUUCUGUAAGAUGUAAAAUACAACAUAAUGCAAAAUCCACAAAACAGCAAGAUCUUUUUGGGGAGCUAAGUAAAAGCACAAAAUAUAUCGUGUGAACUUUCAAAGCCCCACUGGCUUUCUUCAUCAGGCAAAAAAUGGACAUCUUUUGUAUGAUUUUUUAACACAUUUUACUUGAUGAAGAAGCCAGUGGAGCUUCAAAAGUUUACAUGAUGUAUUUUGUCCUUUUUAGUUGGGUGUAUAAAGAUAUUGCUGCAUUGUAGGUUGUGGAUUUUGUUGUGUUUUGCUGCUUGGCCAACCUGAAUGUUCUCUGUAAGGUGUGUUUAAGCUAUGGUAAAAUGUGUUCGUUUCAGAAGUUGAUAUGACUUUUCCAUGACUUUAUGCUAGAGCAAAAGAUAGGCAGAUGGCACAUAGCCUUCAGUGUACUUCAGGCUGGCCUGCAGGUGCAUAUUAAAUAGGUGACACUCCAACCUUCAUUAAGAGAGCAAUACUGUAUUUAGUGGCUGUAAUAGUAUGAAGAAACAAUGAUAAAAUGCUGAAGAAUCUAUGUCAUAAGCAGCAAUUGUUUGGCUAGUAAAUGAAAUGCCAUAAUACUGCCCUCCUUUUGCACUGAAAAAAUGUUAGCUGAGAGCAAAUAAUAACUGAAGCAGGCAGAUUGCUUACUGUUCUUUGGAAUUCCAAUUGCAAAUUCUUCCAGGUUUUAGUUUACAACUUGGUUUUGGUUGCCAUUAUCUGAUAAAGGAGAGGCAGAAUAAGAGUAGUCCAUCUUUAACUAGCAUAUAUACCCAUGUAUAAGUUGAGGAGAAACUUUGGGGCCAAAAUUAUGGAUUUUGCUAUGAUCCAUGGAUAAGUCAAGGGUAGAACUUAGGAGGGGCCAUAAGAAAUUGGUUCCUAGCCUUUUACAAAUGUAGAGAAGGAUGUCGGAAAAGAGAAAGAGAGGGUCUGUUUAUUUCAGGGGUUACAGUGGUGGUGGGAGGGGAGUGAAUGGCAUUGGUGAUCUUAAAAUGUCUACAUCUAUACAAAUACAGAUAGGGGAAAGGAUAUAAAUGAGGUAAAAGAAUGAGAAUGUGCUUGAAUAAAAAUAGGGGAGAAGAGCAAGGAAAGCAUCUGGUCUCUAUUAGGGACCCAGUGGCAAAGGCCAGAAAGCCCUUCUUGUCAUGGAAACAGCACUCCCACCCCAUUAUUCCUGUCCUGCCCAAACCAGAGAAAGAAAGGCAGGCCUCCAACCUGCCCUCCCUACUUUUUGGCCAAGUGGUGUUCAACAGCAACGUGGAGGAACUCGGGGGGGGGGAAACUGAUGGCCAUUUUUAGUAGGGACAUGGUGUAUAAGUCUCUGCAGAGAUUGCCAGGCUUCACAAGUCUUAUAUAGUAUGCUCCUGUUAAAAAUUGUCACUGCAGUCUCUCUUUGGUUUCUCCCAUUGCGUCUGAAUGCCACUCAGGCUGAAAAAACAGGUGGAGAAGUAGGGAAGGCUGCCUUUCUUUCCGAAGUUUGGGUAAGGAAAGGGUAAUGGGGGAGGGAGUUCUGCUUCCAUGCCCUGCCACAUAGAGAGGGGAUUGCCAUCUCUGCCUCUUGUCACGCCUUUGCACUAGGUCCCUAUUCCAGCAUUGACCUGUGUAUCAGUCCACCCAGGGUUUUGCAGGGGUUGAAUUUCCGUCCUUUUUUUUUUUUACUUAUACAUGAAUAAAUAUGCUAGUUGAAAAUAAUGAAACCAAAUUUGUAACCUUUAUCUCUUAUGAUUUCCAGGUCAGUGUUUAAAGGGAAUACCUGGGUUUUGUCAAAUCAUUCACUGACAGACAUAUAAUAUUUUAAAAAGACUACUUUCCAGGUACAUGUGCUAUCAUGCUAUAGCAAAACAAUUCUGGAAACUGAAAAUAGAGGGGGAAACAUGGAAAGGUAUCCAUUAUUCAGUACCUCUUCCUCUGACCUGCCAGGGGUUGAUUUGGACCUGAAAGACUGGAAAUGAAUCAUCCUCCAUUCCCCAGUUCUUAAACUUAAUGUGUGUAUGUUGGAAGCAUCUCUCUUUUUUCUUCACAGCUCUAGAAUUGUACAGGGAACAGGAAGAAGGCAAUGUCUGUGCACUGAUAGCUUCCUCUCUCCCAAGUUGAGCCAUAGAAAUAGGGAGAAAGAUGAGAAUUUGUUUUCCCCAUGCUACAGCCUUUCUAGCCAGGAGGUAAAAUGGCGAAGAAGGGAAAGAAGAUUGGUUCCUCCUCUAUCGCAGGGUGCAGGAGAGGCCUACAGUCCUCAAUCUAAGAGUUUAAGGAACGUGUUAAAGAAUCUGAGAGGAAGGCAAGAGUGGAGAGGUGGGGAAAGUCUCCAUGCGUGAGCCAGUGUGCUUGCUUGACAUUGGAUUUCUCCUUGAUAGUCCCUGUGUCCUUGACUUUCUAGAGGAAAGUCAAAGUCAUGAAACUAAUAUUCCAGUUGGGAUUUAUUCCAAAUUGCAGAUGGUUAAAUGCCUCAAAGAGCCAAUUACAGGAAAAGUAAUCAAUCUCAUGCACACUGCCACAUGCGAUUUUUCUUUGUUCCGAGGAUAGUUGCAUGAAAACACACAUUCUCUUGAUUAUUGCUGCUAAUUUUAACUUGCGUUUGAAAUGUUGCUGCUUAUCACAAAUUCUUCAUCUGAGCGAUGAAAUCAGUAAAAUUCUUUCAUUAAAUUUAAGGUAUUAGUGGCCAGAAACUGAGCCAUGCGAGAGAAAAGGUGUAUUGUUUUAUCUAGAUGUUGACGUGGCUGUAACCACUGUUUUUGGCAAGUUUCAUGGUAUAUUCGAUCAUUUGGAUUUUACACUACAAAAACAUACAGUCGUCCAUAAUUAGAACCUUUAAAAUUUGAAGCAUUUAAGAUCACUCUGAGUCAUUGCUUAACCGACAUAUAUCUCCAGUACUGGAUAACAAAAAAAUUAAUUAACUUUCUGUGAUGGUUUAGUUACUACGUAUGAAUAUUUUCUUCUCAUUCCUGAUUUCGCCAUCUUGUUUGCUGUCAGUGUCUCAUUUAUAGUAUGUUCAAUUGAUAAAAUAUUCCUGAAGAUGUAUCUUUCCUCCUAUCAUUCUAACUCUGUCUGGAUAUUGUGUAGCGUGAUUUAAUCACAGCAGUUCACUGCCAGUGGCAUGUGAUGUAUUUCCCUUCCAGGUUUACCUUUUCUUACUAGCUACCGGCUAUCCUGUUUUAGGCCUGUACUAGAGAAAAAGACAUUAUGGAGAAAUCCACAUCUACUUUGGUAAACUAUGUACUAUAUUUGCAAAGGCCAAUGAUGUCUACAUAUAUAAGAUUUUUUUUAAAAGUCUUUUCCCUCUCAAUGCACACCUGUGUGUUUGGGCAUUUCUUGUUUUUCUAUUGUUUUUUAUUUUAAUGAUUGAUGUAAGACCUAUAUCUGCAAGAAAUUUUAUUGAAUUUUUUUACGAAAAUGUUUUACUCACCUUUAUGGGAUUCACACACUUUCAAUAAAUAUUUCAAGUGAA